AUGCUCUACUACAGCGGCCAUACACGACGGAUAGGCGAUGUUGAUGAAGGUUCAACCGUCACCGACUUCCUACCCGCUGAGCGAGCCAGAGGAAUUACCAUUCAGUCUGCAGCAAUCACAUUCGAAUGGCCUCCAUCACUAGCCGGGUCAUCCUCAAACCCCAAAGACUUGGUUGGGAAGUUCCCGGACACUCAACCUCUGUCACAAUGUUCUCAUACCAUCAACCUGAUAGACACCCCUGGCCAUGCCGAUUUUACGUUUGAGGUCCGACGGUCACUCCGGAUUCUGGAUGGCGCCGUUUGCAUUCUCGACGGAGUCGCAGGAGUUGAGGCACAGACUGAGCAGGUGUGGGCCCAGGCUGCCGAGUGGAAUAUUCCCCGGAUAGUGUACAUCAACAAGCUGGAUCGUGAUGGCGCUGCCUUUGGACGAACUGUUCGUGAAAUUGGCUCACGCCUAGGUGGUUGGCCCGCCGUUUGUCAAAUCCCGUGGUUUGAGGGUGGGAAAGGUCGUUUUACAGGGGUUGGCGAUGUCAUCAACCUAGAAGGACUUUUGUAUGAAAAUGAUGGAGAUGGAAAAGAGAUCCGUCGCUACCGUCUUUCCCGUCUCGACGAGGAGCAUCCAGAAUUGGCCCAAGAACUGCGCCGGGCCAGAGCCGCUUUGGUUGAGCUUCUGAGCGAGCACGAUGAUGAAUUGGUGGAAGCAUUCUUCGAAGCAGAGGAGGACCAUCUGAACAUUACCCCUGCUCAGCUGCUGGACAGUCUGAGACGGUGUCUUCUGGCUCCCGGUAGCACAAUCAUCCCCGUCUUUGCCGGCGCCAGUUUCCGCAACAUUGGGGUCCAGCCACUGUUGGAUGCCGUUACCAAUCUCUUACCAAGUCCCGUUGAGCGACCCGAUCCGGAUAUCAGUAUCGGAUCUACCUCAGGGGGACUGUCACAAUUGAUUCACGGCGAAUUGGUUAUCCGACGUGACGACGGCAAUGCAGCAAACUCUAAGAAGAAAGGGCAAGCAACCGCCCCGGUGGCGAUCGGUAAUACUCUGCAAGGCUGCGCGCUGGCCUUCAAGGUAGUCCACGAUCCACGGAAGGGUGUUCUAGUCUACAUCCGAGUGUAUUCAGGCUCGAUAGACCGCAAUGCUCUUUUAUAUAACACCACCCUUCAGAACUCGGAGCGCGCGACCACACUGCUACGAAUGUACGCAGACCAAUCGGUUCCUGUCCAGGCCUUGCAAGCUGGCGAGAUCGGGGUCAUUGCGGGUUCCAAGUACGCCCGGACGGGAGACACUCUCAUCUCUUACUCUGGGAACAGACCUACUCCUCCAGAGCCACUUAAUAAGUUACAGUUGAGGCCCAUCAAAGUGCCUCCUCCUGUGUUUUUCGCGGCCCUCGAACCCAACAGCCUGAGAGAGGAGAAGGAUAUGCACGAAAAGCUAGCGUUACUGCUCCGAGAAGACCCCAGCCUGCAAGUGUCCCAGGACGAGGAUACGGGUCAGACUCUGAUCAGUGGGAUGGGCGAACUUCAUCUUGAAAUCGCCGCGGACAGACUUGUCAAUGAGCUCAAAGCCAAAGCACGAAUGGGAAAGAUUGCUAUCGGCUAUCGUGAGACCUUACCUGAAGCGUCGACCUCGAUCACAAGAGUGCUUGAGGGGGAUCGUGCCGCCACAAAAGGGAAAGCAGGAUGUACAGCGCUGGUGGAACCACUGCCGGAUGUUGGCGAUGCUACCUUGACAGAGCCCGAAGGUGUGUUCAGUUACGAGCAAGAUGGAAAUCUUGUGAUCAUUGAAACACCCACACUGGAUGAAAAAGGACGACCUUUAGGGGCGGACGACGUCGCCUUGCCCCCUAAUUUGACAGUGCCAGAGAUACAAACAGCCUAUCUGAACGGUGCACUUGCAGCCUUGAGUCGCGGUCCGUCUUACUCGUAUCCGAUGCGGAACACCAAGGUCACGCUCACCCUACGCCCAGAACAGCAUAUCUUUGGCUCCGAGACAACGUACUCGUCUCUCACAGCUGCCGCCAGGCUUGCCACGAUUGCCGCGUUUAAAGAUGCCACCAAGAACGGGCCAAGCACUUUGAUGGAGCCGGUGAUGAACGUGGAUAUCAGCGUCGAUGAGGCAAGUCUGGGGAACGUGAUUCAGGACAUCUCCUCCAGUCGUGGUGGUCAGAUCAUUUCCCUCGGGGACCAUGGGGAUGAACAUGGCAUGUCAGCGGACAGUUCCAAAAGAAUCGACGUGAGCAAGAUAUAUGCUCCUAAAGACCCGUUCGAGUCUGGGUCAUCUCGCUCAGGGGAAAGCCAUCACAGGGUAAACUUUGAGAGAACGGUCAAAGCACGGGUACCCUUGAAAGAAAUGGUCGGGUAUCUGAAGCAUCUACGGAGUAUGACAGGAGGGAGAGGAACAUUCGUGAUGAGUGUAGACCGGUUUGAGAAAAUCACGGGGCAACGGGAGAAGGCCCUCGUCCAAGAAUUGCGAGGUGGAUUUGUAUAA